GCCGCGGUCACACCUUCAUCGCUCAUUGAAAAAGUCGAAAAUAUUGUGUGGGUUAAAAAACGCAAACGUCGCCGAAACGAAUAGCCCCAAAUGCACACGCCUAGUGCAGAGUUACAGAUACAGCCUGACCCCACGAUUUCACGCGUUGAAGAUCGGGGCAAAAUCGGAUAGACUAAAAUAUUGCAGGGAUAGCUAAUAGGGAAAAUCGCAUACAAAUCACCACUACAACUACGCAGAGGCAGCAGCAGCAACAACAACAACAGUGAGGGAAAGAAGAAGCAGUAGAGGAAGCAGCGGCAGCGCAGCGGCAGAGAGAAAAGAUGGCGACGAGAGGCAGUGGAACCCGUGUGCAAUCGCAGCCAAAGAUUUUCCCAUCGCUGUUUUCCAAGCUCCACGAAGCCAUCUCGGAAGCUUGUGUCUCCCAGCGCCUGUCCACCGAUAAGAAAACGCUCGAGAAGACCUGGAAACUGAUGGACAAGGUGGUCAAACUAUGCCAACAGCCGAAGAUGAACCUUAAGAACAGUCCCCCCUUCAUAUUGGACAUCCUGCCGGAUACGUAUCAGCGAUUGCGGCUGAUCUACUCGAAAAACGAGGACCAGAUGCACCUGCUUCAUGCCAACGAGCACUUUAACGUGUUCAUUAACAACCUGAUGCGAAAGUGCAAGCAGGCCAUCAAAUUGUUCAAGGAGGGCAAGGAGAAGAUGUUCGACGAGAACUCACACUACCGCCGGAAUCUCACCAAGCUGAGUUUGGUUUUCUCGCACAUGCUCAGCGAACUGAAGGCCAUCUUCCCCAAUGGUGUCUUCGCCGGGGAUCAAUUCCGGAUUACCAAAGCGGAUGCGGCAGACUUCUGGAAGAGUAACUUCGGUAACAGCACAUUGGUUCCCUGGAAAAUCUUUCGACAGGAGCUCAAUAAAGUACAUCCCAUAAUCUCCGGCUUGGAGGCCAUGGCCCUUAAGACCACCAUUGAUCUGACCUGCAACGACUUCAUCUCGAAUUUUGAAUUCGACGUGUUCACACGCCUUUUUCAGCCGUGGGUGACGUUGCUCCGCAAUUGGCAAAUCCUGGCCGUCACACAUCCGGGCUACGUGGCCUUCCUCACCUACGACGAGGUGAAGGCGCGACUACAGCGCUACAUUCUUAAGGCGGGCAGCUAUGUCUUCCGGCUCUCCUGCACGCGGUUGGGUCAGUGGGCCAUCGGAUACGUGACCGCGGAGGGCGAGAUACUGCAGACCAUCCCGCAAAACAAAUCGCUGUGUCAGGCGCUGCUUGAUGGCCAUCGCGAGGGCUUUUACUUGUAUCCAGAUGGCCAAGCCUACAAUCCGGAUCUGUCUUCUGCCGUUCAAAGUCCCACUGAGGACCACAUAACCGUAACUCAAGAGCAAUACGAACUAUACUGUGAAAUGGGAAGCACGUUUCAGCUGUGCAAAAUCUGUGCGGAGAACGACAAGGACAUCCGCAUAGAGCCCUGCGGGCACUUGUUGUGCACGCCGUGCCUUACCUCCUGGCAAGUGGAUUCCGAGGGACAGGGCUGUCCCUUCUGUCGGGCCGAGAUUAAGGGCACCGAACAAAUUGUUGUGGACGCCUUCGAUCCACGCAAGCAACACAACCGAAAUGUCACCAAUGGGCGACAGCAGCAGCAGGACGACGAUGACACUGAGGACAUGGGCGACUUCAACAUAGCCACCUCAUCGCUGCACGCACUUAGCACAUCCACGACGGUUGCCUCUGAGAAGCACAGUCCGCACACAUCGCCUCGCUUGGGGCGACGGAGCACCACGCCCAGUUUGAUGGCCGUGCAGAAUGAUCUCUAUGCGGGCGGAACGCCCACCCUGAGCCUGCCCAGCAGCUCCUGCUCCUCCAUCGCGGCCGCCUCCACAUCCUCCUCCUCAUCUUCGGCAUCAGUUGCAACGGUGGCAGCAUCAUUGUCAUCGGCCUCCUCCUCCCAGCACCAGCAACCCCAACCUUCGGCUCCUCCGGCUUCAGCAGUCCUCAGCAAUGGAGGAGGGGUGAUAACAUCCAACCAGAAGACCACGAACCGAAUGAGUGCUCCGCUAAUCGGAUCCUGUGUGGCCAACUCAACGUAUGGACAGAAAUUGCCGCAGAACUCGGUGAACAACAGCAGCACCAGCAGCGACAACGCCUCCAGCUCAAGUUCGUAUGCCAUCUUGCAGAAUCUCCACGAUCCGGGAACCCCUGCAACAGGAGCAGCCUCAGUGGUGGUAGCUCCUCCACUGCCGCCCAGGAAAUCCUCACCGGGCGUGGAAACGCCGAGCAAGGCGACGGCACCACCGCCGCCCAGCAGCAGCAAGAGCAUCGACAACAUCCAGUGCAGUUUGGACAAUGUGCCGCCCCAGACGACGGCGCCGCCGAUUCCGCCACACGUUUCGCCCAGCGUGGACACCCUGGCCGAGGAUCUGAUGCGACAGCAGCGCAUAGCAACGAGUACCACGUCGCCAGUGCUCUCGCUACUGGACGAGGACAUCGUGGAGGUGGGUCCGGCGGAAACCAUAAGCGGGGUGAUCGAUACUCGUCCGCUGGAGGCGCGUGGCGUUACCCUGACCCGGCAGGAUUCGGCCUCCUCUCAUUACACACAGCUCUGCACCACCAGCAGUGGUGGCGGUGGAGGAUCCGCUGCAGCGCUGGCCAAUGGAAAGAAGCCCACGCCGGUCAAACAGGGCCAGACCACAAUGACGACAACAACAACGGCGGCGGCGGUGGCCGGAAAUGGGAGUAAUCCCAGCCAGCCAUCGCAACCGUUGCUCUAUGCGAACGUGACGAUCAAUCAAAAAGACUGCGGCACCGUGCCCUACGAAAACAUUAACCUGGAGUACAUUGCCCGGCUGAUGAAUGCCGGCUAUUCAAAGGAGAACGCGAUCACCGCCCUGGGAAUCUCGCGGAACAACAUCGAGAUGGCCGGCGACAUCCUGCGCGAGUUUGUCUCCAAGAACAGCGCCUGAAGUACCACGCCGGCGGAUUGUUAAAUCGGAUGUUAGUGCUUAACCCAAAGCUUAAGAAAUCUAUCAGCAGUCGAACUUCUUUAACUAAAAUCUAUAUUUAAAUAUUUAUUGCACUUUUAAAUAGAUUGUUAUAUUUUUUCAAAUCGAAAUUGUUUGCUAUUAGGUCAUGUAUUUUAUUUUAGAGCUAAAAUAUUUAAUUUG